AUGACCCGGCUCCUCGGUGCUGGAGAAGCAGAUCAGGCCGUCCUGGAGUACCUGAGGGCCGGGAGCCGCGGGAAGGGCCGGGAAGGUGCCCGGGAGGAGGCCAGGAAGAAGAAGAGGGAGAAGCAGCAGAGGAAGGAGAGCGGGGACGGGGAGCAGGACGAGCUGGAGGAGGCCAGCAAGCUGCUGGUGAAGGUGCUGCACGUCUCCGAGAACCCGGCCCCCGUGGUGGUCAAAGCCAGCUUGGGUGUCAGGGAUGUCCGGCCCUUCAUCGUGUGCUGCGUGCUCAGGGGAGUGGAGCUGAGCCCGGGAAACGCGCUGAAGAGGUUCCUGUCCCUGCAGACGAAACUGCACGAAGACGUUUGUGAGAAGCGAACAGCAGCCACGAUUGCCACCCACGACUUGCAGCUGAUCAAAGGUCCUCUGGUGUAUGAUGUUCAGCCUCCUGAUGAACUGAAGAUAACACCCUUGGGUCGAAAGGAGCUCAAGGCAAAGGACCUUCUCCGGCAGCUGCAGCUGGAAGCUGAGGAGCAGAGGAAGCAGAAGAAGCGCCAGAACGUGUCUGGGCUGCACAAGUAUCUCCGGUUACUGGAUGGCAAAGAUAACUACCCGUGUCUUGUGGAUGCUGAAGGGGUUGUGAUUUCUUUCCCACCAAUAACCAAUAGUGAAAAAACAAAGAUCAAAAAAGACACCCGUGAUCUAUUUCUGGAAGUGACAAGUGAUACCAGUUUACAGAUAUGCAAAGAUGUCAUGGACACACUAAUUCUGAAAAUUGCAGAACUGAACAGAGUUACCUUGGAAAAUAAGGAAGACUCAGGCUCUGAUAACGAAUCUGAUGCUCUUGGUGGACCAGGGACUUGGAACCCCAGCCAAAACACACAGCCCAGGAACGUGCCCUUGGUAGUGGAGCAGGUUCGAGUGGUGGACACAGAUGGAAACUUGAAAGUACUUUAUCCUUCAAAAACUGACCUAGUGACAGUCUCUUCUCUUCUGACUGUCAUACGUUAG